AUGAUGCUCCAACUGAUGUUCUUCAAAGACUGUACUACAGAACAGCCUAGUAGCAGUUCUGCUACAACUUCAGGGACAUCUGCCACUUAUACCGACAUACAUGAGGGCGACAUUGCCCACUUCGCCCAGGUCGGGUUCGAGGCAUUAAUUCAAUCGCUUGCAAACCAGCAAGGAUUUCAAGCCGAUGUCAUCAGGACUGUUUAUAAGUACCUCACGAGUUACGAGGAAACAGUGGAGGUCAUAGAAGAGAUGAGGGAGGUGGCCGAGGAGUGCGCUGUCGCUGAGAUUUUGAGCAGGACGGAAGAGGACGAAGAGGACGACCAUAAAGAGGACAGCAAUGACAUCAAAUCGGAGGAUGAAUAG